AUGGAGUCCACCUCAGGCCUGAAGCUCGAUAUCAAAAUAGUAGGCGCCGGCAUCUCUGGACUAGCCUGCGCCAUCGCCUUGAGGCGUAAAGGCCACGAUAUCACGGUCUAUGAGAGGAACCCUGAGCUCUAUGCCUACGGCGCUGGCAUACAACUCUUUCCCAAUGCUACCCAAGUCUUGCGCGAGUGGAAGCUGGAGUCGGAACUUCUGAAGGUCGUCCAUCAACCGGAAGUGAUGUCGAUCAUGAGGUACGAUACAGGUGACACACUGGGUGAGAUCGCACUUAACCCUGCGGCUUCCAUGGAGUACGGGCAUCCCCACUGGCAGAUCUACUGGCCAGACUUCCAGCGGGUACUUGCGAAGGCUGCUACAGCGAUCGGUGUCGUGAUACAUCUAGGUCAGCCUGUAAGUGCUGUGGACCAAGAACAUGGCACUCUUGAUCUUGGAGAUGGAAUGAUUGAACACGCCGACAUUAUCAUCUCGGGUGACGGUAUACGCUCUCGACUGCGUUCGACCAUCUCAAACGCCGAGUCGAAAGCUUUCCAGGACUCAGUCUUCCGCGCCAUCAUCCCACGAGAAGUCAUGAUGAGAGAUCCAGUCACAGCGGCACUAAUGGAAGGCACGAACUCUAUGGUCUGGACAGGCCCCGGAAUAGCAGUACUAGCUUACCCCGUAUCCGCAGGAGUACGCUACAAUACACUCCUAUCCUACACAAGGCCAAGCGAAAAUGAAGUAGGCAGAUGGAACCAGCCAGCUGAUGCCAGUGAGGCUCGAGAAAUGCUCAAGGACUUCUGUCCUACAGUUAGGAAGCUUUGGAGCUUAGUUGACGAUACUGCUAAGUGGAAGCUGGGAGAUGUGCCAAAGCUUGAUUCUUAUGUUAGCGAAAGUGGGAAAUUCGUCCUUGUUGGCGAUGCUGCCCAUGCAAUUGUGCCGCAUGCUGGACAAGGCGCUGCCAUGGCUGUCGAAGAUGCCGCAGCUCUCGGCGAAUUCCUCGACCCAGCCACGUUGACCGACCGUGACCAGCUCAGAGCUCGCAUGCCCGCGUAUAGCAAGUUCCGACAGCCACGGAUCGAAAACAUCCGCAGCAUGGCAUACGGUAAUGCUCGCUUCUUGACGAUGGCGGACGGUGCCGAACAGCAACAGCGUGACCAAAUGCUGAGCAUUAUGACAUCAAAGUGGAAAGCUGCGGUGCGGGAAAAUGGUCUUGACGCUUUCAAAGCUAGGGUCGAGGCUAAUGCUGAGUCUGCUAGUAUCAAUUUGCCGGAUGGGAGGAUGUAUGCGUAUGGGUAUGAUGUUAUUGGUGAGGCAAGCAAGGCGGUGCAGGAGCUGGUGGCUGCUUGA